GGGCCAAUCACCACCUUCGCGGAGUGAUUUAGUCAGGGCUACACCCAAGCCCUUGUGGCUUCUUUUGGUUGGUGAGAGCAGAAGAAAGCCGGAGGACUUGACAAAGCAGAAAACAUGUCCUGGCAAAGCUACGUGGACACACUGAUUGGCGAUGGUUUCAUCUGCCAGGACGCGGCCGUUGUUGGGUACGAAAUGGACAAAUCUGUCUGGGCAUCAUAUUGCCCCAGCAGUUUUGCCACCAUCACGCCUGAACAAAUUGACAUGUUGUUGUCAGAGAAUCGUGAAUCUUUAUUAAUCCAUGGGGUGACCUUAGGCAACGUAAAAUGCUCCGUACUCCGAGAUAGUUUCGAUGUGGAUGGUGAUUGGACGAUGGACCUCCGGACAAAGGAUGCAGGAGGAGGGCCCACAUACAAUAUUACUAUAGCCAAAUCUUUAAAAGCAUUUGUUGUCGUCAUGGGGAAAGGUGGUGUCCAUGGAGGGAAACCCCACAUCAAAGCACAAGAUAUGGCAUCCUACCUGAGGAAGGCUGGAUACUAAAGUGUCCUGUGCCACCACAGCCAGCCAACCCAACCACCUACAUACCAUCUACCUACCACUCUGUUGCAUUUCACUUCCUGUCCUAGUUGGUAGAUACUUUUCUUCUGCUCCCUAUUCCUCGCCCAAACCAUCUUAAGUUGAUCCAUAGCCAAGACGAGUUGAUGCCUAAUGAUGUCACUUGACUAAGACCAGCAAAAAGAAAGCCAAACACUUUUUCUUUGGUGCCCACUGACACAAGUCCCACAAUAUGUGCUCCUCUGCAGGGUGGCCAAUGCCUUCUUUUGAUUGGGGCGCUUUCGCAGUAGCUCAUCACGUCUUCCUCCUUUCACAACAAUUUCCUUUCCCGCUGUUUUACACUGCUCCUUCAGGCAAAAAGCCCUUCCCCGUUAAUACAACAUUGGACACCCUUCCUCACAGCUGUGCACCCACAUCCUUGUCAAGGUGUAGUUUGGGUCAGUUAACAAUCAUAAUGUGGAGUUACUGUGCCUGUACACACACCAAAAAUCAAAUGGACAUUCCACAGUUACCGGCUCAGGCACUUGAUACUGUUCUUCUUUUGCCAACUCCUGUAAUGUAUGAAAGGCUAUCAUUUUGUAGAACAAUAAAUAUCUCUCUCUUUCUAACCAUCUGGAGUCUGUUCUUUAGUUUUACCCCAGAUGGGACCAAGUGCAGUAAAAGUUCUGGUGUUGAUAGAAAUGUGGUGAGCAUGCAUCUGGUGUCUUGUUCCCCGCGGAAGCUUCACUGAAUUUGAAAAAGAAAAAUAGUUUUUCUGUGUUGAUAACUAAAACUGGAGUUGCCUUUUAUCUUACACUGCGCUCAGUCCCUAAACUAACAUCCAACUGAUGAUAAAGUAGUGACACUCAUUAAGAGAUGGGUUGCUUGGAGCCAAUAUUUGCUGUUUAUUGGAUAGUGUAUUCUUGUGCCAUGAUGUAGAGAGGUCUGUUGCUCUUCCAAGAUGAAUUUUGCCCACCCAUAACUUGCUCUUCAUUGGCUUUGGUUCUUCUCUAGCUUCAGCUCCACUGUUCAGGCCUUGUGUACUCCUCAAAUGUUUGUCCUUGCUGAUUUCUGUUCACUAGUUUUCUUGCAUCUGGGAUACACUUUGUCAAUGCAUUGAAUUACUUAUGCAUACAACCAAUAAUGCCAUAUAUUGAUUUAUCACCUUGUUUACAGACGAUCAAAAUAAAUUUAUUCCAACCAGAAAA